AUGAAAUCUUUUGGCUUAUCUGGUAAGUUAUUACUUACUUUACUUACAAUUUCAAAUGGUUUAACCAUGGGUUGGUUUGGUUACGAUCAAGGGGUGUUUUCAGGUGUUCUUAUUUCUGAUGAUUUCCUUACUCAUUUUCCAAGAGUUAAGAAUGAUCAUAAUAUCUCUGGUAUUACUUCCAGUUGUUUCUCCUUGGGUGCUUUUGUAGGUGCUAUUUUUGCUUUUACCUUCGGUGAAAAGAUUGGAAGAAGAAAAACCAUUCUUCUUGGGUCUUUUUUCAAUACUGUUGGUGCUGUGUUACAAGUAACUUCUUUCCAUUUACCUCAAAUGAUCAUUGGAAGAGUCAUAAACGGUUUUGGUAUGGGUAUGACUUCUUCUACAUGUCCAGUUUAUCAAGCUGAAUGUACCAAAGCUAAGUAUAGAGGUAGAUUAGUGGUCUUUGGUUCAGUUUCUAAUACUUUCGCUUAUAUGUUGAGUAAUUGGAUUAACUAUGGUCUUUACUUUAGAGGUGGAGCUAUUGAAUGGAGAUUCCCUCUUGCAUUCCAGUUGAUCUUCCCAUUAUUUUCCGUUCCUUUGGUAUUACUUUCUCCUGAAUCUCCUCGUUGGUUGUUGAAUCAUGAGAAAUUAGAUGAAGGACUUGAAAGUAUUAGAUUACUUUGGGGUAAAAACCUUUCCAAAGAUAAUCAAGAAGUUAAGAGUGAAUUUUAUAAUAUUUUAGCUACCAUUGAAGAAGAAAGAGCUCAACAAGCUCCUUUGAAGGAUGUUUUCUUCGGUAAAGAUAAACAUAAGAACUUAAGAAGAGUCAUCUUGGGUAUGGGUACUCAAUUCAUGCAACAAUUCUCCGGUGUCAAUGCUUUAGGUUAUUAUAUGCCAACAAUUUUAACUGUCCAAUUAGGUUUCAGUAAGAAAACUUCCAAAUUAUUAAGUGCCUGUAAUGCCACUUCCUAUUUAGGAGCUGCUUUAGUAUGUUUACUUAUCAUUGAUAGAAUUGGUAGAAGAAUUAUGAUGUUGUAUGGAUCUGUUGGAAUGUGUAUCACUUAUAUCAUAGCAGCUGUAGCCAUGAAAAUCUCUGAGACUAGAGAUACUUAUGCUAUGGGGGCUUUAACAGUUUCGAUGUUUUUCAUCUAUUAUGUCAUCUAUGGUACUAGUUAUGCCAAAGUUCCUUGGGUUUACAGUUCCGAAAUCAACUCUGUUGGAUGGAGAACUAGAGGUGCUGCUGCUGCCACCGCCACCAACUGGAUUUGUGGUUUCUGUAUUACCCAAUAUACUGACAUUGCCGUCACCAAUAUGAGAUGGGGAUUUUACUUGCUUUUUGCUAUGAUCGUUUUAUGUUAUGGACCUGUGGUUUGGUUCUUCUACCCAGAAACCGCAAAACGUACUUUGGAAGACAUCAACUACAUGUUCGAUUCUUACGAUACUCUUUUCCUUGGUAAAUACAAGGAAUUGAGACAACGUUCCAGACCAGAUCUGUUUAUUGAUGCUGAAAUCGAAAGAAUUGAAGCCAUCAAUGGUAAUAGACCUCUCGAUGAUGAAAAGUUUGACACUAAUCAUGUGGAAGUAACAUCAUCUGUGAGCAGAGUUUAA